AUGUUCUUCCGUCCGGCAUUUCUGUUGCUAUGCACGCUGGCCGCCACUUCCGCCAGGGAGCCUCCGGUUGUUUACCUGAUCCGUCAUGGGGAAAAACCUGCAGACCCGGAGGAUCAUGGUCUCACGCCAGACGGAUGGCGACGAGCGGAGUGUCUUCGUCGAGUGUUUGGAGCCGACUCGGAAUACAAUAUUGGACAUAUCAUGGCACCUACCGUGAAGUGGAAUCUCAAACUGACAUUUGCGAACGUGGUAGACGGCGAACACCGACGGCCCUAUGAGACCGUUGUCCCUCUAGCGCAUGAUCUCGGGAUUGAAAUCGACGAUCAUUGCACCCGAAAGGAUCCCGAAUGUGUGGCCGCUGCGAUCCAGUCCCACGACGGGCCUGGCAACCUAUUAAUUUCUUGGCGGCAUUCCAAUUUGAACACGAUCCAGGAGCUACUGGGAAUUGAACAUCUUGUCGAUUACCCUAGAGAUCGGUUCGACCUUAUUUGGACCAUUCCACACCCUUAUAAUGAAAUCACAGAAGUCUACUCUGAGGAGUGUCCUGGGUUGGAUGUGAGACCGAGACUGGUGGCUCAGCUGUGA